AUGGAUGAAGGUGGUCAAAAGGUGCAAACUUCCAGGAGGUGCAAACUGCGGGUGCUGGAUUUAAGGAAUACUGGCCAGGACUUCUGGAACACAUGGUCUGGAGCCAGAGCCCCUGAUACGUCCUCAAGUUCAUCGAUGGCACCAGUGGCUGAGGACAGUUCAAGGACAGAGCAGCCCUUGCCUGCCUUGAAGGUGUUCAUAGGACUUUCCCUCGAUGAAAGGAAACUGGAUGAAUUCUUAUCCUACCUGAUGGGAUGGGAGCAGCAGUACGUUGUCCAAUUUACCUCUCAGUUCCUCAGGCUGCACCACCUCCGGGAUCUCUAUAUGGAAUCUCCCUCCUUCCUUGAAGGUCGCCUGGACCAGAUGCUCAGGUGCCUGGAGAAUCCCCUGGACAACCUUUCAAUAACCAGCUGUCAGCUAACAGAGUCAGACUUGGCCCACUUGUCCCAGUGCCCAAGCAUCAGGCAGCUAAAGGGCUUGGAUCUGCAUGGUGUCACACUGACCAGCUUUAGUCCUGAGCUCCUCCAAGUUCUGCUGGAGAAAGUUGCGGCCACCCUGCGGGAACUGGACUUAGAUCAGUGUAGAAUCAUGGACUCACAUCUGGAGGCCAUCCUGCCCGCCCUGAGCCGCUGCUCCCAGCUCAGGUCCUUGAGCCUGUGUGGGAACUUCUUCUCCAUGGCCACCAUGGAGAAGCUGCUGCGACACACCGCCGGGCUGCCCAGUUUGAGUCAAGAGCUGUACCCUGCCCCUCGGGAGAGUUACAGCCCUCAGGGAACUUUCCACCCAACGAGACUUGCCUCGCUUGGGGCUGCCCUGUUUGAGAUUCUGAGAGGCUUAGGACGUCCCAGGACCAUCCAGCUCAGCUCCAGCUCAUGUCCACACUGUAGCAACAGAAUAUUCUAUCAUACAGAGUCCAUCGUAUACCCCUGA